AAUCUUCAGCCAUCUUGUGGAUACGAAACGAGAGACGCCACUCGCACACAAACUCAGCGCUGUCAGUAAAAGCAGAGACUUAAAGGAAAAUGGCUGAAACCCAGACACUUAACUUUGGACCUGAAUGGCUCCGUGCCCUGUCUGGUGGAGUGGGUAACAGCAGCAGCAUGGCCUCCCCUCCACUUUCACCUGCACUGCCAAAGUAUAAACUCGCAGACUACCGCUAUGGGCGAGAAGAGAUGCUAGCACUUUAUGUAAAGGAUAACGUGAUUCCGGUAGAUCUUCACGAUAAGGAAUUUCUACCUAUUUUACAAGAGGAGCCCCUGCCACCAUUGGCAUUAGUCCCAUUUACAGAGGAGGAACAGAGAAAUUUCUCCAUGUCUGUAAACAGUGCAGCAGUUCUCCGUUUGGCAGGAAGGGGAGGGGGGACGGUGGCAGGGGCACCCAGAGGCCGAAGUUCCUCACGGGGACGAGGGAGGGGAAGAGGAGAUGGAGGGUUUUACCAAAGAAGUUUUGAUGAUGUGGAAGGAGGUUUUGGCCGUGGAGUGAGAGAGAUGCAUCGCUCCCAGAGUUGGGAGGAGAGGGGAGACAGAAGGUUUGAAAAGCCAGGGCGAAAAGAUCCAGAUGGAGCACCAGCCCAUUUUCCAAUUAAUCCCAUUCGUGCAAACUAUGAGGAUGCUGGUGCAGGCACUGCUCGAAAGCACGAGUUCAUACGCUCUGAGAGUGACAACUGGCGCAUGUCUCGAGAGGAGCAGAAUGGAGAGGAGGAUGACGGGGGCUGGAGGCUUGCGGGGUCUCGUCGGGAAAUUGAACGAUGGUGCCCCCCAAGUCCAGAUGGCCCGCGGUCAGCAGGGUGGCGGGAACACCCAGAGCAACGGCGACGCUUCCCGUUCGAUGCGAGGGAUGAGGAGCGUGGCGGUUUCCGCAGACCUCGGUCGGGCAGUGGGAGCGUAGAGGAGGAAAGAGACAGCUUGCCAGAAUGGUGCCUCGAAGAUGCAGAGGAGGAAACGGGUACAUUUGACUCCUCUGGGGCCUUCCUCUCACUUAAGGUGAGAAUGUUGGAAAAAGCUCCUAAGGAGCCAAUCCUGGAAGAGGCGGAGCUGGACUUCCGGCCACUGGAGGAGAAUGAGGAAUACACAGAAAAGGAUGACAGUGAAUCAGAGCAAACCAAAGAUACUGACAUAGACACUAGACGCGAUGUAGGUGGUAAAUCAGAAGAGCCAUCACCGGUAGCUGUACCAUUGAGGACAGUGGUAACACCUCCCAAGCUUGCGACCCCAGCACCCCUUCCAAUAGUGCAGCCAGAGCAAGUUGAAGAAAGUGAGAGGCCACUGGAUAUAUCAGUAGUUCCAGAACUCAGACCUGAACCCAAUAAAGCACCACUUCACACAACCCUACCCAGCAGCAUAGUGGAAGCCAUUUCCAUACCACAUGUCACAAACACACUACCAGAUCUUCCAGUGCCAUCAUCUUUAGUACUCCCUGCCCAGUCAAUGCCCACUCAGACCCAGCAGGUCAAGCCUCUGCAGGUGCCAGUGCCAGCGGCUCCACUUCUCCCCCACUCCAUGGGCAUAGUGGGCCCUAUCGGCCGUCCCUCUGACCUGGAUGAGGAUGAGGGACUCAAGCACUUUGAGCAGGAAGCUGAGAAAAUGGUGGCAUACCUGCAGGAUGGAGGUGUGGACGAUGAGCAUCUGACUGCCAAGUUCGGCCCCAAACCCACAGCCCUUCCCAUUACCCACGAGGCUGCAUUUAAAUGGUUUUACAAGGAUCCACAGGGAGAGGUCCAAGGGCCAUUUAAUAACCAGGAGAUGUCUGAGUGGUUUCAGGCAGGUUAUUUCACCAUGACCCUGCAGGUGAAGCGAGGCUGUGACGAGUUGUUCCAGCCCCUGGGAGAGAUUAUGAAGCUGUGGGGGAGAGUGCCCUUCACCCCCGGCCCUACAUUACCUCCCAUGCUGGGAGAUGCAGAAAAGGAGAGGCUGAAGAGGCAGCAGGAAAUGAAUGCUCUAAAUAUGUAUCAGCUACAGCAGAUGCAAUAUCAGUACUUACUCAGGCAACAGUAUGCUCAGGUUCUGGCACAGCAGAAGGUUUUAAGCUCCGCUCCUCCUCCUACCCAACAGCAGCAGCUCAAUCUCCUCCUCCAUCAGGCACUCAAGAUCAGAACACCUGAGCCGCAACAGAGCCUUUUGCCACCUGUCACACGUUCCAUGUCAGUUCCAGAUUCAGGUUCUGUUUGGGAAAUUCAGAACCCGUCAACUCAAGCAUCCUGUUCUCCAAACAUGCCGCCAGCUGCUCCCAGCACAUGGGACGGGAGCAGUGUAUGGGAUUUGCCAUUAGACUCCAUGACUCAAGUGUCUUCCAUUGAACAGAUACAGCUGGAAAAAGCCAAAGCUCUGAAGCUUGAGAUGGAGAGACGGGAGGCAGAGCUUCGGGCUAAAAGGGAAGAGGAAGAGAGGAAGCGACUGGAAGAGGUGCUGCGUGCCAGACAGGAAGAGGAACAAAAACGCUUGGAGGAGGAAGAGCUGGCACGACGCAAACAGGAGGAGGCUCUUCAGAGGCAGCGGGAGCAGGAAGAGGCACAACGGCGGCAGAAGGAAGAUGAGGAAAGGCUAGCUCAGGAGGAGGCACUCCGCCGGCUGGAAGAAAGGAGAAGAGAAGAGAAGGAGAGGAGACAAAGGGAAGAAUUCCUCCGCAAACAGCAGGAAGAGGAGCGUAGGAAACUGGAAGAACUGGAAGCUCUGAGGCGUCGUGAGGAAGAUAAGCGGCAGGAAGAGGAAGCCGCAGCAGCAUUGGCAAGGCAACAGCAGGAGGAGCAGAAGAAGAGAGAGCAGGAGGCACAGAGGCAACAGGAGUUACAGAGGCAGCGGCAGCAGCAACAGGAGGCGCUCCGCAGACUGCAACAGCAGCAACAACAGCAGCAGCUUGCACAGAUGAAGCUCCCUUCAUCCUCUAAGUGGGGUCAACAGGCAGCCACAGUGAACACACACUCCCAGUCUCAAAACGCCCUGUCGCUCGCAGAAAUCCAGAAACUAGAAGAAGAGAGAGAACGGCAAGCACAAGAGGAGCAAAAGCGACAGCAGCAGGAGCUCCAGAGGGUCCAGCAGCAGCAGCAACCUCAGGCCAAGCUCUCAGGCUGGGGCAACGUGGCCAAACAGCCGGCUGCUACUAAAUCCCUGCUUGAGAUCCAGAAAGAGGAGGCACAGCAGAUGAAACAACGGAAAGAGCAGCAGCAACCGCAGCAGCAGCAACAACAACAACAACAACAGCCACAAACAACUGUUACCCAACAAAACCGCACACAGAACCGAACAACCGUCAAUGCAUCAGUCUGGGGAUCUGUCAAUAAUGCUGGGCCACAGUGGACGAUGGAUAGUAGUGUGUGGGGUGAUGCUCAGAACUCUAAUUUUGGCUUCUGGGAUGAGGCAGAAAAGGAGGCCUCGCCACCUCCGGCUACACCCAAGAGCCACAAUCUGAAAAACAAGGGCAAUGCUAACCUCAGUAAUAGCAGCAGUGGUAAAGCCAGUAAAAAGGUAGAAGAGGAAGAGAAGCUACUGAAACUGUUCCAGGGAGCCAAUAAGAAUCAGGACGGCUUUAUGCAGUGGUGUGAACAGACUCUACACACUCUCAACACAGCUAAUAACCUCGACGUCCCUACCUUUGCUUCAUUCCUGAAGGAAGUGGACUCUCCAUACGAGGUGCAUGACUAUGUGCGAGCCUACCUCGGUGACACGCCACAGGCCAAAGACUUUGCCAAGCAGUUCCUGGAGCGCCGUGCCAAACAGAACGCUAACCAGCAAAAACCUCAGCAAGUCCAGCAGCAAAAACAGCAGGACUCCAUGUGGGGAAUGAGCCAAGUGUCACAGUCAGUCCUUCACCAACAACAACAGCAGCAGCAGCGGUUUGAGACAGUCGGCUCCGGCAAGAAGAAGAAGAAACAAAAGAUGGUACGAGCCGACCCAAGCCUUCUAGGUUUUUCUGUCAACGCCUCGUCUGAGAGACUUAAUAUGGGCGUGAUCGAGACAGUCGAAGACUUUUGAGGCCUGCUGAUUGACAAGCUCCCCCUUCUGAACAGCUGCCAUUAUUUCCCACCUCAAACUUUUUUUUUUUUUUUUUUUUAUCCUCAAUUCUUGGAUUUGGAGUACAUAUGGGGCAGCAAAUCUUUCUUCCUCCCUAAUCUAGAGGAAACAACAGUUGCAAUAACAACGCUGCCCCAUGGCCACAAAAAGAACCAAAAUGCACUGAAUAAAGGAAAUGAGAGAGGAUUGAUUCUGCAGGAGAGUAAACUGAGCUCACAGUCUUAAAUGUCACAUCAAAUGUGUCUCAUUGCUGAGAUGCAGCAUCUACUCACAAUCAUAACCAUCUCUUAAUGAUGUUUCUUUAAGUGUGAAUAAAAUGAAUGCAGAGGAAAAAAGAUAUGUAUUAUCCCCAUUACAACUUCCUUUUUUAUUUAUUGGACCCCCCCUCCCCUCUUUCUUUUCCACUUUCUAUUUUAUUUUCUCUCCUCUGCUGCUUUGCUGCCCUCAUGUUGGUGGACGUCGAUUACAACGUAGGACUCAAGGAUAUGUAAUCAACAGUGUCCUGUUUUAAGGACAUGAAAGUUCCAGAUAGGUAUCCAUUUUCUUGUAAAAUAAUAGGCUGUUUAAAGAAUAAACUUUCGAUUCUGCAUCUGUAUUAUAAUAUAUGGAAAUAAUGAACAAGUGGAGUCAUACUUUUUUUUUUUAUUGCAGUACAAAAAAAUGAAUAAAACAGUCUCCUGUGUGGGCUGUUCUAUACAGCUUUGUUCUGAAUGCACAUGGUGACAUAAUGCAGCGUUGUGCAAACACGUUUAUUGAAGUGAAAGAAGACACAGCACUAUUGGAGCAUUCAAGCCUCAGAGUUUUCUUUAAGAAAAUUAAAAUGGUUCUUUGUAUAAAGGUAUAAUCAGUGUCUUUGCACUGGUGAAUUUGAGCAGUGGUAGGUUAAAGGUGCACUCAGUAAUAUUAGUUUUCUGACACCUAGGGGUGUAGAUGUAGCAUCACACAAAAACAGAAGUUCUCUGUUAACAAAAUCAUAAAAUAAAUAAUAAUUCACUAUUUGCAGUCUCUCAUGAAUUGAUUGAUUCUGUGACAAAGUAUCCAAUUUAUGGAAUUAUUGGAAAGAAGUAAUAUACAGCUGGUCG